AUGAGAUGCGAGUGUGACAUAUUAGGACAAGAGGAGAUGGGUGAGUGCGGUUCGUGUUACAUAGUGACGAUGGUACGUGAGUGCGUCAAUGUUCGACAACGACUUGCCUAUUCUUUACUAAGUGGUCACUCGGUGACCAUUUCCGGGAUACGUCCUUAUGAUAAUGAGCCUGGAAUAAAAGAUUUCGAAUCAAAACUUUUACUGUUAUUGGAAAAGAUAACUAAUGGUACGCGAAUCAGGAUUAGCCAAACAGGUACCGAGGUUUCAUUCUCACCUGGCAUGAUCACGGGUGGAAAACUCAUUUUCGAUUGCGGUAGUGACCGAUGCAUAAGCUAUUUUCUGGAACCUUUGUUAAUGCUUGCUCCCUUUUGUAAGUAUCCAAUCAACAUAAAACUUCAAGGAAUAACCAACGCUCCAUAUGAGUUGAGCGUUGACACCAUUCGUGCAACAUGGCUUCCAGUUUUCAAUAAAUUUGUAUUCGCGUCUGAUUUGCCAGAAAUUAAGAUUGUUGCUCGAGGUUACAAACCGGAUGGUGGUGGAUGCGUACUGUUGACUUUACCAAUAAUAAGAACCCUCCGUCCGGUACAGUGCAAAAUACUGGGAAAAAUAUGCAAAAUACGCGGAAUCGCAACUGUUUCCAAAGUUUCUCCAUCUAUAGCACAUCGUAUAAUUCACGCAGCAAAAGAGACUCUUCGUGAUUACAUUGCUGACAUUUAUAUCACUGUUGACCAAAGAAAGGGAGCAUCUGGUGGAAGUUCUCCUGGUUUUGGUCUUUUUUUAACUGCCGAAACUACGGAAGGAAUCGUUUAUCAUGGUGAAGCUGUAUCAAAACCGAAAGAUGAACAAGGCAACCCAGCUGUGCCGGAGGACGUUGGACACAUCGCUGCUUGCCAGUUGUUGGAUCAGAUUUUUGCAGGGGGAUGUGUUGACACUACAGCUCAAGCUCUAGCGGUGACUUUCAUGGUACUCUGCGAAAAAGAUGUCAGCACAUAUCUGUUUGGGCCUCUUUCUGCCUACUGUAUAUACACAUUGCGGAACUUGAAGAAAUACUUCGAGAUAACUUUCAAAAUAGAUAAUUGGAACGAGCUAUGUGGAAAUGAAGAGCAGAGGUUGAUGGAAGUACCAGUCGUACCGUGGGAUGAUUUCCUGAUAAAAUGUGCAAGUGUAGGUGGUGAAGUUAAUAUGCCUGGGCUGCUUGAAUCUGAGUGGGAAUGGCUUAAACAGUUGUGCGAACUGGCCGAUGAAGAUUGCUGUUCAGAAGUUAAUAAUUUAUUCCAGCAAGUAACAUUCACUCUGAGAUUGGAUGCUAGCAGUUAUUUUUUGAAGCUACACUGGACUAAAUUUUUUCCUGCAGUUAGUCCUGAAGUGGUCACCAAUUUGGGUUCUGCAUUUCAACAUUCAUGGCAAAAUAACGAUACGCUUUGUUCGUUGUAUCAUCGAUUCGUUGAAUGCUGUAUGAGGAUUGAUCAGGCAGUGAAACUGUGCUCAGAUGUCAAAUAUCCAUUUACGUUUAUGAAGUGGGCGAUCGAUGAAGACGACCCCACCUGUAUAGCCGUUACAUUGUUAUGCAAAGAAUGGCAUACAAGAAAAAACUUUCAGCUGUUUUUGGUGGUUGACUGGUUAGAACCCAAUACUUUUCCGCGUGAACUCAUUUCUUCUGCUCCCGAAUUUCUUCAGGGCUUGCGAUUUGAUGAAUGGGAUUCAUCAAAUGUGUUUGCUGAUAAUUUGAAUCGAAUUUUCCUACCUGAAAAUAAAGUACCUGAAAAUACGGUUAUGGUGGCGGAACAUCUCAAAGAACCAAAAAGUAUUAUUUUCGAAGAUGGCCCAAUGAGCAAUGACGAUUUCACCAAUGAAUUUCAUUCGCUACCAUGCAAGAUUAAAUACGAUGGACCAGCAAAAGUAUCACAGUAUUUUAUUACCGAGAAAUUAGGAGAUGAAAGAAGAGUCGCAACAUUUCGAGGACGUAUUUUGAAUGGAGUAAAGCAACAGUUUCCAAAUGGCUACCGCUUAUAUAUUGUUGUAGAAAAAGACAAUAAAGAUAACAGUCGUAUUUUCGAAAUUGCUGGUUCAGCAAUAUCAUUUAUGCGAUGGGAAUAUGAUCGUAAUACCAGUUAUCAGUCAUCUCUUGUUCGAGCAAUCGACUAUGUCAAUAUUGCGGAAGCAUUUGCUAAGGAUGAUGAUUGA